UCACGGUGUCGGAAAGAGUUGGGCGAGCCAACAUUUCCGGCGCUAUAAAACUCAGUCAAGCCGCCUCAACGCAUAAGUGAACUAAUUUUAUUUGUUGUAGCUCGCCAAAUGUGUUUUAAAUUCGAUCAGUUUUUUUAUGAAACCACCAGUGUCUGCAAGUGUUUUUGGAGAGAAGGUUUCAUUCACUGUAUCAGCUUCUACCCAUUUUCAUCGCGCAGUUCUGCCUCAAAGUUAGUGGCAGUUUCAAACUGAGGAACUUGGCGAUGUUGCUAUGAGUAGUCACGCCAUAUCCAACUGCCCAGACUCAAACAUUCAUCGGAUAAGGGAAUUUGAGCUGGAAAAAGUAAAUCUGAUCGAUGAGUUCGACAUUCUACAAAUCGUAGGCGAAGGAUGGUUUGGAAAGAUCCUCUUGGUUGAGCAUAAAGCUACAGACACUGAAAUGGUGCUGAAAGCCCUUCCCAAACCUUAUACAGCCCUAGUGGAUUUUUACAGAGAGUUCCAUUAUGGGCUCCAAUUGGGAUGUCAUAAAAAUAUAAUAUCGGCCUAUGAUGUUGCUUUUGAGACUGCUGGGUUUUAUGUGUUUUCCCAAGAAUAUGCACCAUUAGGAGACUUAACAUCAAAUGUAUCCGAAAUCGGCAUAGGAGAACUGCACACUAAAAGAGUGGCCAGACAAUUGGCCUCAGCGCUGGAAUUCAUCCACAAAAAAGACCUGGUUCAUCGGGAUAUUAAGCUGGAUAACAUUUUGGUGUUUAAAUCCGACUUUUCCCGGAUUAAGUUGUGCGAUUUUGGCGAAACCCGACCGGCAGGGUCGGUUGUUCUGCGCAGAAAUGAAUGGUUACCGUACGCAGCUCCUGAAAUUUUAGAGGUUCCAACAGAUGAAACCUAUAUAUGCAAAUCCUUGCAUGAUGUGUGGCAGUUUGGUAUCGUAAUUUUCGUGUGUUUAACUGGAUGUCUUCCAUGGCAAAAGGCCGCUUAUGACGACCCCCGGUAUGUCCGAUACAACAACUGGCAGAACAGCACUUUACCCAUUCUUCGGCAACCAAAGAUGUUUAAACUGGUCUCAUCCAGAGCGCAGAGAUUUUUCAAGCGAUACCUAGAGCCAAAAGAAGAACGACGACCAAAUGAUCUGAAGGACGUGUACAGAUAUCUAGACGAUAGAUGGAUGACCAAAGGAAUGGAAAAAGCCAACGAGACUUUAGUGGAAGAACAGGGCUUAUGCCCGUCAAUGUACAGUUUCCACAGUUCUCCAGAUGAAAAAAAUAAGCUUCUACAUACGCUCACUCAGUAUGGGCUGGAAACUACGGUGGAUCGAUGUGCAAAGAAGGACCGCAUAAGAAAAUGGAUUGAAAACAGCGUCAUAGUCGAGGAGGACAAUGAGGAAGAAGUCGAUGAGGAGCAACCGAUGAUCUCUUUGAGAACGCAAACUAUCAAGAACAUAAACAGCGAAAAAGAGCGCCAUCGCAGACACCAUUCCAGAAGACUGAAGGAAAAAGAGUAUAAACCUCCAGUUGACCCCAGGAUCCCUCUCGCAGUCCAAAAAAAUCAGUUUGCAACCAGGUCUAUCAAGGAUUCGACUGUGGUGAUUGGAAGGGCGGAAUCAAAGGACGCGCUGGUUGAAAGCAACUCUUCCAUGCACUUAGUGGCUGGUAAAAAUCAGUCAAAUGGCUCAAUUAGCUCAAGGAAUAAAGCAGAUAAAUUUGGAACUGGACGCUCCAAAAAGGUGCCGAAAAAAAUUUUCAGUGCUUUGCCAUUUAAGAACGUCAGUAUCCAGCCAAGUUCGCUUCCAACUUCUUCAGAUAGUGCUAUAAGCAGCGAUAGCUCCACUAUUAAGUACCAAAGCCUGAAAGUACUACAGGAGAGUAAAAUUGCUGAUGUUCGAGAACAAAUCCAAAAUAAAUUAAAGUUAGUCAGCAUAAGAGACCUCGAAAUGAAAAUGGCUCAUUCAAUGCAAGGAAUUUACUCACCGUUGCCUCAAUCCUUGAGCGAUUCGGACUCUGAGAAGGAAAUUAGCAUGGACCCUAUAUGCACUAGCUACAAUUCAAAAAAUACCAAUAAGUCAGAAAAUUCUUAUCGACAGAACGGGAACCGCAUAGGGCUGGAUGAGGACACAGUCAAGAUUAAACGGGGGGCCAGUAAAAUGUCCACAGCUCGAAAGCUUACAUUUAUUUGCUCUAUCAUCCUGUGCUUUUUGCCUGUGCUCAUUUUUCUGUGGGUUUUGCCUUGCUCAGAGCUAAACACUUGUCCCAUAAAAAUUUCCAAUUGGGAAUAUCAGCAAGAAGGCAUUGAACUGAAGGGGCCAAUUAAUCUCGCCAGUGGGGCAUAUAAAACGAACUACAAUCUGGUUAUUAUGUACAAAGGGAGCAUCAACAGCGAUAAAACCCUUAAACACGGCAUCAUUUCUCUCAUGGGGUUAACAGGCAAUGUAGCCUGGGACUUUGAGCAAGAUUCUGUUCCCAUUGAAAUGGACUGUAGCAUUAUAGAUGCCAAUCAGGAUGGCCAUUUAGAUUGCCUGGUGGUGGAUUUAAAAGGUCUUAAAGCCAUCGAGAGUGUUUCUGGCCAAACUCUUUGGCACGCCCAUUCACAAGAGGAAGCCAAUCGCGUCACAUCUUUGAUGCAUCCAAUAGCUAUAACCGAUCUGGAUAACGAUGGCGUUGUGGAAUUGUUAUGUGUCUUAAAUUCGAUGUACUUCCUGAUUAUAUCGGGCAGAACAGGCGUAGCCUUAGCUAACAUUCCUAUUAAACAUUGCGGAACGAUCAAGGACAUUUACAAGCCAGAGAAAAAUGCCCAUAGUUUUACAUACAGUUGUGGAAAUGCCACAGACAAACCCGUUGUGUACAAAAUAGACUUCGAUGAAUUGGCUAAGGUGUUCAGGGAUUCGAGGUACGACAUGCUCAUUGAACAGAUCGCUUUUCAACCCAGCAGCACAAUUUCGGUUGCAAAUAGAAAACUGACUGUAACAAAUGAACCAAAUUGCCCAAAGUGCCACAGUCAGCUUGCAUUGUUUGACGAAAAUGGCAAGUUAAUGAAGCCUUGGAAAUAUGACAACGCCUACAUCAUGAAUCCUCGGCCGUUCUCUUUCCAAUCAUCCUACGGAAACAAAAGUAGAUUGAGAGGACAUUUGAACGGUUUUAUCGUGAAGAUUUGGCUGUGGACGGAGCAUUACAGGAAGCUGAGGCCGACACAGCGUAUCAACAAGCGCAGUGUGUUCGGGUACGAACUGAAGAACUUUACCUACUAUUCCACUGAUAUUAUCGAGAAUGUGAUGCUGAUUACAUUUAAUGAUUCAGAUGUACAAAUCAUCAAUGCAUCAUCAACGGAAAUUCAUCAGAUCUGCAAAUCCGUAAACGGGUCCGAGCCGGACUGCCAGCCGAGCGUCGAGAAUCAAAAGGACAGUCUUCUGGUGGAAGACUUGGAGCAUGAUUCGAGCCGUGAAUUGGUUAGUUACUCCAGCUCGUAUGUUCAGAAGGGCGAAGAUUGGAACUUGAUGAGCUCCCUCACGGUGUUCCGACUGGAGGAAGAGCUGCCCAAGAUGUAUGGAAGUAAAAAUGCAUAAUUUUUCGGAAACUUCCGUUUGGUUUGUUUGCUGAGGAAUGGUUUUGAGUGGGCAGGAUGGUGGGGUGAGACGACAACCCAACCCGGCCCUGGACUUGCCUACUUCAAAACUACCUGAUUGUGAUCCAGAUUAGACGUUGUGAAGACUACUACUCAUUUCCAGCCACAACAUUUUCUGCGUUUUCAAAGACAAUCUUCCUAUCGCUCUGUUAUUCGAUUUUCCCAUAUCUUCUUCAGAUAUGGGCUUCAAGCGAGGCAUUUGAUUAACCCUGUAUAUUAGAUGCACAUUUUCGUAAGAGCUUUAGCUAGUCAAGUGGCAGAGUAGGUGUAUCAUUUCCCAUUGGUUGAGUGUUGAGUACUCAAAGGUGGGGCCACGUUUGCAACAUCCAACAUGUUUUAAUCUGUAAAUAAUAAAAAAAUUACUCAAAGCA